CGUCAAAGAGCGUGACAAAAAGCGUGACAGGCGUCAGCUCGGUCGCCAUGGCAGCGGGCUCGGUUGAACCAAAUUUAAUCCAUCAGAUGAUGCAGCCGGUGAAAGAUUAGACUUGAGGAUGACAGAGACCGAUACUCCAAAAUCAGCAAGGAAGCCCCGUUGGACCCCUCUGGAAAUGGGCCUAUUUACUGUCGUCUCCUUGUUCCUUUUUAUCAUUGUUAUCCUCAUGGUCUUGUUUGCCACCCAGUCAAAUAAAACUUGCACCACAGCUGACUGCACACAUUCGGCGUCUCGCCUCAUUCAGAACAUGGAUGCUAGCGUGGAUCCUUGUGACAACUUCUAUCAGUAUGCCUGUGGAGGAUGGCUGAAAAAGAACGUCAUCCCAGAGACAAGCUCCAGAUAUGGCGUGUAUGACAUCUUAAACUCGAACUUGGAGGUCAUCCUCAAAGGUGUCCUUGAAAAGAAGGUAGACAGGGAGGCUGCUGCUCUCACCAAGGCAAAGACACUUUACAACUCCUGCAUAAACGAGAAAUUAAUUGAGCAGAAAGGAGGACGUCCUUUGUUCGACAUGCUGCCAGAUAUCUUUGAUUGGCCCAUAGCUGUGGACAACUGGGAGACUGUCUAUGGGAAAACCUGGAGGUUAGAGGAUGUCCUUGCCAGGUUAAAUUGGAAAUAUGAAACUGAUGUCCUGGUUACCUUUAUUAUUGACAAUGAUGACAGAGACUCCACUUCACACAUCAUUUAUGUUGACCAACAAGCGUCCUUUGGCCUCUUGUCCACAGACUACUACACCUGCAAGGGUGACUUUGCAAAGGCAUGUGAAGUUUAUGAGCAGUUCAUGUUUGAUCUGGCAAAGCUGAUCCGCACUGACCGGGGAUUGAAAUUCAACGAAGCAGAGAUAAAAGCAGAGGUGAAACGAGUUGUGGAUUUGGAGAAAGACAUCUUUAUUGCCACUGACCCACCAGAGUUUCGGAGGGAUCCAGUGUUUCUUUACAACAAGAUCGAACUGAGGACUCUGAAUAGAAUCUUCUCUUUUGAAAUUGACUCUCAGAGAUUCAACUGGAGUUAUUUCACAGCUAAGAUAAUGGACAACGUGAACAUCAAGGUUCCCGAAUCGGAGAAAAUUAUCAACUACUCGCCCAGAUAUUACGGAAAACUCAAAAAUGUAUUAGCCAAAUACACCAAGAGGGAUCUGCAAAACUAUGUGGUUUGGCGGUUUCUUAUGAAAACAAUAGGGACACUGAGUCGAGCUUACAGAAACACCAGGAAUGAUUUCCUCAAGUUUCUGACCGGUACAACAUCAGAGGAUGCCGUGUGGAGACGUUGUGCACUUCUUGUCAACGCCGUUCUGACGAAAGCUGUGGGACGGCUCUAUGUGCAGGAGGCUUUCUCUGACAACAGCAAACAGCUGAUGGAGGAACUUAUUAAAGACAUUCGGGAAGUUUUCAUUAGUAACCUUAAUGACCUUUCCUGGAUGGAUGAAAAGACCAAAAAAGCAGCUGAAGAGAAGGCCCGAACUAUCCGUCAACGCAUUGGUUAUUCUGAAGACAUCAUGAAUGACGAAUAUCUAAACAAUGAGUACAAAGAUCUGAACUUCAGUGCAGAGGAAUACUUUAAAAACAUCCUGCGGAGCAUGGAGUAUCGUGCCAAGAAAUACCUACAGAAAUUGCGAGAAAAAGUCAAGAAUACGUGGUUUGUUGGAGCUGCUGUUAUCGACGCCUUCUACUCAUCCAACUUUAAUGAAAUUGUGUUUCCUGCUGGUAUCCUUCAACCCCCUUACUUUAGCAAAGGCCAGCCUAAAUCUCUCAACUAUGGUGGAAUUGGCAUGGUAAUUGGUCAUGAGAUUACACAUGGCUUUGAUAUCAAAGGUCGCAAGUUUGACAAGGACGGCAAUCUAAAGGACUGGUGGACUCCUGAAUCUACUGAAAAAUUUCUGCAAUUCUCAAGGUGCAUCGUUGACCAGUACAGCAACUUUUCCUGGGACCUGGCUAAUGGUCUACAUUUGAAUGGCGACAACACCCUCAGAGAGAACAUAGCUGACAAUGGAGGGAUUCGACUGGCAUACCAGGCAUACAAGAAAUUUGUGGAGAGGAAUGGAGAGGAGCCACUGCUGCCUGGAAUCGACCUUUCACAUGAUCAGCUCUUCUUCCUUAACUUUGGACAGAUUUGGUGUGAAUCCUAUCGACUAGAGCAAGCUGUUAAUUCCAUUAACGUAGACGUGCACAGUCCAGGGAUGUUCAGAGUACUUGGCUCCCUUCAGAAUUUUCCAGAGUUUGCCAAAGCAUUCACCUGCAAGAAAAGCAGCAACAUGGUCUCUGAGAAUGUUUGUCGUGUUUGGUGACCUAACGACCUCUGAGAUGGGCAGUUUUGUUCUGCUUUCUGCCGGUACGAUAUCUCUCCCGUAUAACUGCUGGAGCUCUCAUGGAGGCCUACAGGGAGAUGGAAGCUUCUCUUUGUUCUUUACUGGAUGGACCACAGCUGGUGAACAGGCAGCGCAGCAUCCAAGAUGGAUUGUUGUCCCAAAAGGAAUAACCCUCAUUGGUUGUCUGCUGUUAAAGUUUGUCUCUCAACCUGUAACACUGUUGUCCAAUAAAUCAACUCUCCUGUUCACUGC